UGUAAACAAUAACAAUUGCAUCUGUCAAUUGUCAUAACUCAUAAGUGAAUAAGUCAUAAUAUUUUUAUCAAUUUUAAUAAAAUUUGUCACUAUUAAAAGUGAAAUGACAAUUCACAAUUUAUAUAUAUUUUCUCGAACAGGUGUAUUGCUCCAUUAUGCCGAAUGGAACAGACAAAAUAAAUCAGGCAUCACAAAUGAGGAGGUAACUACUGAUGAAUCAAAAUUAAUGUAUGGUAUGUUAUUUUCCAUCAAAUCAUUUGUCAAUAAAAUAUCACCGUUGGAUCCAAAAGAAGGUUUUUUAUAUUACAAAACAAGUAAAUAUACCUUGCAUUAUUUAGAAACACCUACUGGUCUUAAAUUUGUACUCAACACUGAUAAUCAAUCACAAAAUGUCAGAGAAUUACUUCAACAAUUAUAUAGCCAGGUCUACUUGGAGUAUGUUGUUAAAAAUCCAAUUUGUCCAAUGAAUGAACCAAUUCAAAGUGAAUUAUUUAAGUUAAAAGUUGAUGAACUUAUGAAAAAAUCACCAAUAUUUUUAAAUAGAUCAUUAUAAUUGUUAAUAAUUAAUAUAUUUAAAAUAAACAAAUCAGUUACAAAUUUGUAA